AUGCUUCGUGUCGUUCUACGUUUGGGACUUGUCUCACGAACAACGACAGCUGACGACGUCGCCACAUCCGGUUUGCCUCUGCCGUUCGAUGAGGUUUGCGUCACCCGAUUCACUUGUCAUUGUGCUGUGUUCUUGUCCCAGAUCACUUGGGCAACUGAAGAGGCAACAUCAACCUAUUCUGCGUCAAGCUUCGGUACCCAGACUGAGCUGGCACGUCUCGAAGAAUGCUAUCGAAAUAGAAUGGUCGACAGCAUGGAUAUCGACAGCCCAGGUGGCAAGAGAAAGGCAGAAGAUGAGCCGGAGGAUCCCCGGCCCGCACGUCGGAUAAGAGCGCUAGACCCCGACGUUGUCAACAAGAUUGCCGCAGGAGAAAUCAUUGUUGCACCCGUCCAUGCGCUCAAGGAGCUCAUAGAAAACGCCGUAGAUGCUGGCUCGACGGCUUUGGAUAUUGUGGUCAAGGAUGGCGGCUUGAAGCUGCUGCAGCUCACCGACAAUGGCUGUGGAAUUCAGAUCACCGCCUUCGAAGACCUCACCGCCAUCGGCACCUACGGUUUCCGCGGCGAGGCCCUGGCAAGUAUUAGCCACAUUGCCCAUCUGAGCGUCACCACGAAGACAAAAGAUUCCGACUCCGCCUGGCGUGCCCAUUACCUGGACGGUAUGCUCUCACCACCCAAGCCCGGACAACCCACGGACCCGAAACGGGUCGCUGGUCGGCCGGGGACGAAGAUUACCGUCGAGGACUUGUUCUUCAACAUGCCCACACGACGUAGAGCUUUUCGGUCCUACAGCGAUGAGUUUAACAAAAUCAUCGACAUGGUUGGCCGCUACGCCGUCCAUUGCGCAGGCGUCGGCUUCACCUGCAAGAAGGCGACCGAAUCGUACAGCCUAUCGAUACCAGCCCAGGCCACGCCUACCGAUAGAAUACGGCAGAUAUACGGCGGCAGCGUCGCGAAUGAGCUUGUUCAGUUUUCAACAUCAGACGACCGCUGGGGGUACAGUGUUCACGCCCUCGUCACCAAUGCAAACUAUCACAUCAAAAAGACGAUAUUCUUGCUCUUCAUCAACCACCGCGCCGUGGAAUCGACCAACAUGAAGAAAGCCAUCGAGCUGGUCUACGCCAGCUAUCUGCCCAAGGGCGGUCACCCAUUCAUAUACCUGAGCCUGGAGAUUGACCCGGCGAGGGUGGAUGUGAAUGUCCAUCCCACCAAGAGGGAGGUGCAUUUUCUGAACGAGGAUGAGAUUACUCAGCACCUAUGUGGCCGGAUCGAGGACGAGCUCGCGGCUGUUGACACGAGCCGCACCUUCAAGACCCAAAUGCUUCUACCUGGUGCUAAGCCGGUGGAUGAUUCUCCCGCGGACGAUUCCACGACGCCCAAGGUCAUGGUCACAGGCAAGCGGAGGAGGAACUCAAACGAACUUGUCCGGACGGACCAGUCUCUACGAAAGAUCACAAGCAUGCUACACGUCGAACCGGGGGAUGGCUUCAAGCCCAGCGUGGGCGAUGAGCUGCCGCCUUCGGCCCCCGAAGACAUCAAAUAUGGAGUCAGCGAUCGCGAGCCAAUCAACUGUCGCCUCCGGAGCGUCAAGGAGCUUCGAAGCGAGGUUCGCGAAGAUACGCACCCCGAGCUUUGCGAAAUUAUUGGAUCUCAUUCCUUUGUCGGUGUGGUGGAUGAAAGGAGAAGACUGGCAGCGAUACAAAGCGGUGUCAAGCUGUAUCUGAUUGAUUAUGGACAUGCCUGCUACGACUACCUGUAUCAACUAUGCCUCACCGAUUUUGGAAACUUCGGCACCAUCCGGUUUAGCCCCCCGCUGGCGCUGCGGGACCUCCUGACCAUGGCGGCCGAGACGGAGAAGACGAUGCUAGGGGCGGCGGACGAAGAGUUUGAUGUCGAAGCCGUCGUGGAGAGGGUGCUAGGACGGCUCGUCGAGCGGCGGGAGAUGCUCCAGGAGUACUUCUCGCUCGAGAUCUCUCCGGCAGGGGAGCUCAUCUCCAUCCCCCUCCUGGUCAAGGGCUACACGCCGUCCAUGGCAAAAAUGCCCCAGUUCCUCCUCCGGCUGGGUCCGAACGUCGACUGGGCGGACGAGAAAGGAUGCUUUGCUACAUUCCUGAAGGAACUCGCGACCUUUUACGUCCCCGAGCAACUCCCGACGGAGUCGGGCGAGGGGUCUGCACCAGACGUAGAGCUCGCGAACGACACCAGGACGAGGAGACAGCAUGUUCGCUGGGCCGUCGAGCACAUUUUCUUCCCUGCCUUUAAGGCGCGACUGGUGGCGACCAAGGCGCUCAUGGAGGACGGCAUUCUUGAAGUGGCCGAUUUGAAAGGGCUAUAUCGGGUGUUUGAGAGAUGCUGA